AUGAAGCCCGCCGGCUCAAUUCAGCCCCCGGGUGCCGGCCCCAGCCCCGCUGCGCUGCGCACCAAGAGUGGCCACGAGGUGGCGCUGCACCAGCAGGUCGAGGCCUUGACCCUGGAGGCGACGUCCCCCCACCUGACACAGCAGUGCAGCAGCGCCAAGUCCGCCACGUCAUCGGGGCCCAGCCUGCUGGGCAGCGUGUCAAACCUGCCCAUCCCGCGUGUGGAGUCGCAGCGGCCCUGGUUCUGGGCGCGGCUGGAUUCCGCUGCGGUGGCGCUGACAGAGGUGAGGGUGGACGCGGGCGGCCUGGACGACGUCGCAGAGGGUGAUGUAGAGCUGACAUCACCACCCGCAGAGGCUCAGCCACUUUGCGACCAGCAGCAACAGCACCGGCAGCAGCAGCGGGAGCAGCACGAGCAGCAGCACCAACGGGAGCAGCAGCGGCAGCGGGACGCGGCAGCUAGAGCGGCGGCGGCGUCGCCCGCGCCAGAGUCUGUCGCGGACGGCGCGGGGGCGCGCGGGGGCGAGCAAGGUGCAGAGGCGUCCCGCGCGGCCAACGCGGUGGCGGCCAAGACGUUCAGUGCUCUGGUGCGCAAAUACGCUGCCCUGUCAGAGGAGGAGGAGGCGGCGCAGCUCAAGCUGGCGGGGAAGUUUGGCAAGGGUCUGUUUGAGAACUGCCGCCGCGACCCGCGCGCCCCCGGUGUGACCCUGGAGGACUUCCUGCCCUUCUUCCCGGACGACACGGCGGCGGCCCAGGCCUUUGACUUCUUCGACAAGGACGGAGACGGCUUCAUCUCCAAGGCGGAGAUGAAGGAGGCCGUCACAGCCAUCGUGGCGGAGCGCAGGGACAUGGCGACCUCCCUGCGCGACACCGACUCAAUAGUGGCGUCCCUGGAGGCGUUCCUGGCUGGCCUGGUGCACCUCACCUUUAUCGCGUUCUACCUCCUGGUGUGGGACAUCAACGUGAUGUCGGGCUUCUCCACCUUCUCAGCGACAGUGCUGGCCCUCACCUUUGUAUUUGGGGAGAGCGUGAAGAAUGUGUUCCAGAGCGCAGUCUGGCUGUUUGGCAACCACGCCCUGGACGUGGGUGACACCAUCAUGAUGCCUCCAGACGACACCUGGCACCGCGUCAAGAAGUUUGGCCUGGUGGACACUGUGCUGGUGAGGGAGAACGGCGACCUGGUGCACGUGCCCAACAACAAGCUCUGGACUGCGCCCAUCGUCAACCUCACACGCAGUGGCAGGCGCACUGACAUCACGCGCAUCCUCAUUGACACAGAUGCCCCGUCCAAGGCGCGUGACGUGCUGCGCGACGCCCUGGUGGCGCACUGCGCCGGCCCUGGCAAGGGCGACUUUGUUGGGGAGCCGCGGGUGCGGUUCAGCGGGCUCACCCCUGAGGGCAAGUCGCGGCUGUCUAUCAGCUGGACCUACACGUUUGGGGCCACGGAUGCGCGCUAUGCUGUGGUGCGGGACAGCAUCCUAGCGGUGAUGAAGGACGCACUUGGCGGCUUUGGGGCGAUGCACACGCUUCCGGUGCGCAGCAUGCCGCAGCACCACAAGAGUGACUGA